UACAGUGAGGAGCAGAGUAGAGCAGCGGCUCCAGGUCCUGUUGGUGUUUGUGUGUCUAAAUGAAAGCGCUGCUCCACCUGCUCUGGCAUGACAACUGCGCAUCCAGUUUUGGGUGUGACAAACAUUUUACGCGCGUGUGUCAGGUUUGGGCUUUCCUCCAGGCUGAGUGGAGGCGCGGAUGACUUCACUUUAUUGCAACGCCAUCACUCCUCCUGCUGAUGUGUUUUGGACGUGUUCUUAGUGGUUUAUCCGUCCAGACCAGAUGUUCUGGACACACACACACGGGGCUGCCGCUGCGGAUGUCCACUGAUUUAUUUUCUGCCGAUGUAGUGCUGGUCAGGGGCUGAAGUUGAAGUCUUGCUCUUGAAGGCGUGAGCUCCAAAUGCAUUCGCUCCUGGGCCGGGAGAAGAAAGAAGAAGAAGCAGGGUUUGGGAUUGAUCUGGGUCUGUCUCCGGGCUUUCUGCCCCAAGCUGCCACCAUGUUCAGCUGCGUGGGCUGCUUCUGGGUGCUCCUCUCCUCCGCUCUGGUCGCUGUGUGCAGUUUCAGCUUCAUAUCCCCUGCCUGGAUUGUUAAGGACCAGCUGAGGAACAAUCACCACCACCACCACCACAACAAUAAGGACUCCGUGAGCUUCGGCUUGCUUUGGCAUUGCUCGGAGUCUCUGGAUCACAUGUACCGGUGCUACACCUUUGGAGGACUGGGCAAGUUCGCAGAGAUCCCUUCCAGCUCCUGGCAGACCAGUGCAGUGCUCUGUUCAGGAGGCUGUGCUCUGCUGGCUGUCAGCUCCCUGUUGGCCAUCAUCACCAUCUUCCUGCCCAGUGGAGGAUGUGAGAGGAGGAUCUGCACUCUGGCUGGAUACAUGCAGAUGGCUUCAGUGUUCAUCAUGGCUGCUGGACUCUUGGUCUACCCCUUCGGCCUGAACUCCUCUCUGGUCAGGUCCUUCUGCGGGGACUCGGACAUCUACUACGUUGGCGACUGCCAGAUCGGCUGGGGCUACAUGCUGGCUAUUGUCGGAGUCAUGCUCACCGUCUUCUUGCCCUUUUUUGCCAAAUAUGCACCAAAGGAGCAUCUGUCCCCAACCCCUCUGCCCACGCUGUUAUAGUGCAUUGAUACGAUUUCUUGUUUUUUUCCCUCCUGACCACUCUCUCUGACCUGAGCUCGAUGUCAUGGAGAGACACCUGCAUCCCGUUUACAGAUGAUGCUGUUUGGGACUCAGUGAUAACUGAAGCUAACACUCAACAACAAACGCUGUCUUCCUGCAUCUCUUAUGUAACUAAUUCAAAUUAAAGUUAUUUUAGAUGGAAUGUUUUAUGUUACAAUAAUACUCUGUGGUUAUAAUUUUUAUCAUGAGUUUUCUGCAUAUUGACUUAUCUGUUUUAUUCAUGUCAGUUCUGGAGAUGAUGCAGUCAGAAGAUGUAAGGACAGAAUUUCACAUGAUAAAAAAUAACCACAAACAUAACUACUUUCUAAAAAUGCCAGUGUUUUUCUUUUUUUUUUGUGGGUGACAAGUCAAAAUAUGUAACAUUCCAAAACAGACUGGAGGUCGGCUGCAUAAAGAGAGUGGAAGUACGAUUAUGUGGCAGUAGGACUCGUCCAAUCAAAUGUUUCAAUGAGAGGUUGUAAAGAACAUUGGACUCAAUGACACUUUGAACAGUCAGACUGAGAUUAUUAUUAAGAGUGUCAUGUACUGACCAUGUAUUGUGCUGAAGCCUUUGGACUGUACAUAUGGGCUGGAUCUACCGGAGCUGACGUUUGAGGUUUAAAAAAAUACCACAUUGAGAAGAGAAAUCUGAUGCUUUGAAGGAUUUUUGCUCUUCAGACUUUUGCCUUCCAGUCUUGUGACCAGGCACUGAACCAUUGGGAGUCAAAAAGAUGUUUUAGCUUUCAAAGACAGUGCAUUUAGGAACUGUCUGGAAGAAAACAACAAUAGACACAGCAUCAGACCUGCCGAGAGGACAUAAAAAAAUCUCUUCUCAUAAUGAGGAAGUGAAUCAUUCUAAUAAGUAGUGGUUUCAGAGCAGUGUUGUUAAAAUGUUUUGUUGGGCAUCCUUUUGUUAACUUUUUCCCCUAGAACUGUUUGUGUAAUGUAACUCGCUUGUUAAACAUGAGCAAUUGUUUUCUGUCUACAACACACAAUACUAAACACUCUAAUUCAGGAAAAAAAUAUUGCAAACAGGCAGGGAGACGUAGGAAUUUUGUCAAAAAAAUGCAUGAUAAGAUGGGCUUUGUUAAUGGUAGAACAACUGAUCUAGAUUUUAAAUGUGAUCUGACCAACUUGUGCCUUUUAACAUAACCAAGUCAAGUGUUUAAUACAAUUAUCAGGUUAUCAUCUUUUUCUGCUGAAAAACUAUGGAUCCUGUUGUGUGAUGUGUUAUUUUUUUCUAUUUUCUCCUCUCAGAGUUUAAGUCUUUCUCCUGUACUUGAUGCAGUAUGAUCUCAUUAACUUGAGAAAAUGUUCUGGAGGAUAAAAAAGAUGAUGUCUUCUAAUCCUUGGAGGUAAAGUCAGAGAGAGGGGGGAAAAAAGGAAAGCAGUGUACUUAUGUUCAAUUAUGCCCUGAGACAUUUCUGCCAAUUAUCUAGAAGAGGUAAAUCACUUGAAUUGCUAUAUUAAAAGGUUGUGACAUGCAGCUAACAGAUUAAUUCCUGGCAUCCUUGUCUUAUGUGAUUUAGAAAUUGAGUGGUAGUGGAGGGAGCUGUACAAAUUGAACUUCGCCUAUGGUUAUCUGUGCUGAGCUGACACAUUAUUCACAUUAUGUGUAAAACGUGGCUUAAAAUAAUUAGCUCCUCGAGUAAGCUAAUGUGUUGCGGUGUUUUCGUCAAUUCACUUCUCCUUUUAAGCGCUGGCACCAUUCCUGUCAUGUUCCAAGGACAAAAUGUCUACUUCUCCACUUACUCUCCCUGUACACUGCCAAUUCAUCGAGCUAGACUCCUUUUUCUAGUGGGUGUUUAUGUGUGCAUUAGUGUUGAAUAAUGGGUUGGAUUUUGCGAAUGGGUUAAUCUUUAAGUAUUUCCCAAAUUUGGGUUCCCAUAAUUACAUGUCCUGACAUUAAGAAAAUUACUGUGAUUAUGUUGCCAUAGUUUAAAGAAGGUCAGGAGAGAAAUGUUGGUAUUGUAUUGGACCUCAUACUGUGCUUGACUGUGGGAAUGACUGGCGUGACUGCACUGGACUUAUUCCCCUAUUUGUUGAACCAUUGUGUGUAAAGUCUCAGCACUGGUGAAACUGUUUUGGUAGAGUAGAAUUAUUGUUUUUUCCAUUGUGGUGUUUGACUGUAAAUAAACUAACUGUAAUUAAUAUCA